AUGGGCAACCAGAUUGUCUGCCCUACUGGACAAAGCUGGUAUUUAUCAGAUUUUGAGAAGAUGGAUCUUCAAGUUGCGAGAAGUUUGUUUGAUGGUACAUUUAUGCUAUCUUUUCUUGUAAAUGAUAAAAAAUCAAAUUCAGAAUUCGUCGUUAAAUGCUAUAAAAUACCCGAUAACGAUGCACAAUACAAAGAUGUUCGAGCUGCUUCUCUAGAGGCAAUUGGAAAGUCACAAAAAAUUUUUGAAAAUUUAGUCAAAAACAAAUCUACUUUACGUGGCAACUUAGAUAUACAAUAUUUCGUUACAAACAAUGCUGCUUAUCUUGUCAGACCAUAUAUGCCUUUAGAUCUUGUUUCUCGAAUGGAUGAUUUUCCAAAAUUAACAUUUUAUGACCAGUUAUGGAUCUCUUAUCAGCUUGUACGUUCAGUAUUCAGUCUCCACUCCCAUGAAAUAUAUCAUGGUGCCAUAAAACCCGAGAACGUUCUUUUAUCUGAUCGAUUUGAAGUAAAUUUAUCCGAUCAUUCCCCAUACAAACCAGAUUUCCUUCGAGUAAACCAACCGAACUUCUACAUGCACUAUUUUUCAUGCUUCGGCUGUGCCUAUUUAGCUCCAGAAAGAUUAAUCGAAAAUGAAUCAAGUCCAAACAUCGAUAUGUACGCAUCCGACUACUUUUCUCUUGGCUGUGUCUUAUAUUACAUAUUUACAGACGGAAACCAUCUCUUUGACUUCGGAACUUUAGUUCAAUACAAAAAUGGCGAAAAAGAUUUCACAGAAAAGGUAAAUAAAGUAACGGACCCAAAUAUGCGGAAAUUAAUUGAAUUACUCAUAUCCAUUGACACGAAAGACCGAUUUUCUGCGAUGCAAAAUUAUCAAUCUUAUUUUCCACAAUGGAUGUCGAUUUACUACGAUGCAUUCUUCAGAUAUGGACUCAAGGAUAUCAAUAUCAAUGAUAUAGUUAACGUUCAUCCAAAUAUCAUGGCAAUUUUGCCAAAAGAUAUUGGAUUUGGUUCUUUGAUCUAUUUUCAUAUAUUAUCGGACUGUAUUGUUGAUGCUUAUUACUGUUUGCAUUACGAGCAGUUAAUCGAUGAUUACGUUGAUUAUUCAAUAAAAUUUUUUGAUGACAGCACAAAACUGUUAAGAGCCAUUCCGCCUUUGUUCGAACUGAUUGAGAAAAGAACUAUAGAGGCAAUAUACGCGUGGGAUGGCAUAAAAAGAAUACUUCAUACCGUUCAAAACGUUCCUGAAGAUUUGGCUAACUACCAUACGAAUUUUAUCCUCAAAAGACUAAUGGACGUUAACAGAAAGGAGUUUUCCUACAUUUAUUUGACCGAUUUACCACUUUUUGCCAUUGAUAUGGUGAGAAUUUUCCCAUCUUUCAUAAGAGACCUCAGAACUAUGAACUACUUGUUCGUAAACUUCGUGGAAAUACCAAUUGACAGGCCGCCAAGCGAAAAAACCAUUGGAGCAGAGUUUGUAUUUUUAGAUAAUUGCAAAAUUGCAGGAACAAGUGGAAAUUUUGACUUGCUUGAGUUGAUUUAUUUAUAUUCUCUUAGUUUAAUUAGAGUUGAAGGCGUUUUGCCCAAACUUAUUGAUGUUAUUGUCUCAUUUUACGAAAACAUGGAUUUAAAGACAAGAAUGUGCUUCGAAACCAGCUUAAUUGAACCUAUAUUUGCUGCUUUGGACUCCAUUGACUAUAAUACUCCAUUUGGAGCUCAAAAUAUUUUGGCAUUAACAAAUUUUGUCAAAAAAGUGCCAAUUCCACGCGAAUAUCAUCCGUAUCUUUUUCAAUUUGCAUCAUCCUGCGCAAGCAGAGGCAGUUAUCUCGAUCGUGAGACGAGUGCAAAUUUAAUUCAGUUAUUAGACAGUACUUAUCAGAUGUCUUUCUUCGGACAGUUCGCUACUGACCUUGUAUUCGAAACUGACAAAGAACCAAUCGAUACAAACAAGGCCAAAAAAGGAAUUCGAAUGAAAUACUCUCCAUCAGUGUAUUGCCCUAAAGAAAGAGGUCAAUGGAAGUAUAAAUCAGCAUUAUUCAGCUCUUCCAAGGUCGAUAAUGCAAGAAUAAGAGGUAUUUACCGUUCAAAUUUGACAACAUUUGUUGCAUUGUCCGGAAAAUCGACACUUUCCAAGAUUAUGGUCAAAAACACUGAUCCAAAGAUCAAAAUAGCAGGUGUUCUUGACUAUGAUACCAAUAUCCAUUCGAUUUGUCGACUUGGAAACAACAAAAUUUUAUUUUCCGAUACAAAUUCAUUGAAUUUGAUGACAGAUUUAAUGGAUAUUCAUCAAAUAUACCAAACCAAUAAGACUAUCACUUCAAUGAAGCCCAUAGAUGAGAAUACAGUCCUAAUCCAAACAAAUUUCUCAAAUUCAUUAGAGAUGAGAGACAUCCAAACGUUCAAACUCAAGGACGAAUACAAACUUGAGUCCAAGAUACUCUCAUUCGAUGCGUUUGAAAACGUUCCUUUCAUUGUUAUCGCUUCAGAAAACAAUUUGUUGCUAAUUGACGAAAGAGUGAACCUCCCUGUUUGGUCGGCCAAUAUAAAUUACCCUUGUAGAUACGUUACAAAUGUAAAGAAAAGUCCAUACGGAACUUUUAUUUGCGUUUGUGAUGAUAAUGCGUUUAUUUACGAUACUUCAAAGGACACUCCUAUAAUAGAGAUCAACGGUAACUGUCAGUGCGUCGCAAGCUGCAAGAAUGAAGUAUACGCGAUGAAUCAAAAUGGAACAUUUGUUUUUGAUUCGAUAUAUCCGACAUCGUCUUUCGAAUUAUUCGACACGAAACCGGCGAAAUCACUUCCUGUGACAAAAGGAAAGGAUUCCUACUUCAUUUCUUUGCCAGAAGGCUACACAAGAGGUUUGCACGGACAUACUUCGAGAGUAACUGCAGCAUGGCUUAGUGAUAAUGAUGAUUUGUUUGUAACUGGUGAUGAAAGUGGUGUAAUCAACUUUUGGUCACCAAAGAAAAACAAAUUUAGUAUCAAAUAA